AUGACAACAAAUGCGGAGCGGGCAUCGCGAUUGCCAUCCCAACGAUUGGUGGUUGGACGCGCCGCCUGGUGGAUACCCAAACCAAGGAUUCAUCCACCUGCGUCAGUCCCGCAAAUGGCGGUUAUUCGCGAAGAGGAACCAGCUACGCGAAAACUGUCAUUUGCCGCGGCGUUAAAGGAUUUGCUGCAAAACCUGUCAUUUCAUUGUUAUGGCAAAUUAGUCGAGCACGGUCGUCGCAUUCAGGAGCGAUUCUUUUGGCUUAUUUGCCACAUAACUGCGCUGACCGUCCUAAUUGCAUUCGUAUGGGGCACGUAUAAGGACGCAACGGAUGAGCUGGUGACCACCCUAUACAAUCCAUUGUAUCCCGUAUGCCAAGUUGCCCUGCCCGCUGUUACAGUAUGCACCCAGAAUCGCAUAUCCAAGCGUGCCGUCUGGCAGUACGCACAGGAGCUCAGCGACAAGGAUCCCAAGCAGCGAAAUGCUAGUUACUUCUAUGGUGAGCUUCAUGCCUUUGGCAUGUUCUACAGCCCCGAGGAGCUAGGCGACUAUGAGCGCGUGCUGCGCUUUCAGGGCUUAUUGGAUUCGAUAGAUACCACGCCCUACGAGCUGUUCUUUAAUACAAGCAAACGUAUGCGCAUCCUGACGCCCAAUUGCAGCGACAUCUUUGUAUCGUGUCGUUUGGCAGGCCGAUCCUUCGAUUGCCUGCAGGAGUUUCGUGAAACGCUCUCGAUCUACGGAUUUUGUUGCACUUUCAAUUCCGAUGGAGAGUUUCUCAAGGACCGCACGUAUCAUCAGCGCUUUUAUGGAUACGAUAUGGGUCUGGUGCUUACACUGAAAUCUCCAAAAGACGAUAAUUUUUAUAAGAUGCAUCAUCUAGAAGGCUAUCCGGAUCCUCAAUCUGGAGGCGUUGCUGUACGUUAUGUGCAGACAGGUCGUCGCACUCAUUUGCCCGUGCGGCCCAAGAUCUUUGAGACUGUGCCGGAAGCCCGACACAUGAGUCCCGCUGUGCGUAAAUGUCUCUUCUGGGAUGAGACGCCGCACAACUUCACCAAUCGGUAUACCUUCAGCAAAUGCAUCUCCGCCUGCCGCGCCCGCAGCAUGUAUAAUUUGUGUGAGUGCCUGCCCUUUCAGAUACCCAAGCAUUACAUUGGAGACGCCACAGGAGGCGUCUUCUGCACGCUCCAGCACAUGGAGUGCCUCAGGCGCUAUAAGUUCAAAUGGCUGAAUGUCAUCACCAGUCGCGCCAAUGUGCCCGGCCUCGAGCAUGAGUUGGAGGAUGCGCUCUACUGUCCCGAAUGUCUGCCCUCCUGCACUGAGAUACGCUACAAUGUUCGUGGCGCCGGAGCUCUGGCCCUUAACAGUCUGCAUAGACCAAUGACCAGCAGUGGCAGUGGCAUGGCCAAUAACAGUUAUGGCCAUGACAGCUCCGAGUUGGCCGAUGUGCGUAUUUACUUUGCCGAAACGCACAUUCAAUACUUUCGGCAGAUUAUUAAAAACGACUGGUAUGAGAUCUUCAGUACAAUUGGCAACAUCUGCGGCAUCAUAGCGGGCUUCUCAUUGAUUGGCAUCUGCGAGCUGCUAUUUUUCCUAGCCAAACAAUUAUGGCAUGCAUACAAAGCGGAACUGAAGUCGGAGCUCUGCCGUACCCAUGCCCAUGCCCAUUCUCAGAGUCGAGCCCGAUCCCGGACUCGGGCUAAUGGCCGUGCAACGGCAACUCAGCAGCAGGAGCAGCACCGGCAGCACCGGCAGCCAAUGGAGCUCCUCAUACUGCCGUAA